AUGUGUAGAGACAACAAGACUGGAAUCACAGAAUUCUUUCUCCUGGGACUCUCUGGGCAGCCAGAGCAGGAAGAAAUUCUCUUUGGGAUGUUCACAUGGAUGUAUCUGGUCACCAUCACUGGGAAUUUUCUCAUCACCUUGGUCAUCUGCUCUGAUAAACAUCUCCAUACACCCAUGUAUUUCUUUCUGGCCAACCUCUCCUGUGUUGAUAUCUGCUUUUCAUCAGUCACAACCCCCAAGAUGCUGGUGAAUCACAUGUUGGGAAGUGAGUCUAUCUCUUAUGUGGAAUGUAUGAUCCAGGUCUACUUCUUCAUCACUUUCAUCAACAUGGAUGGUUUCCUCCUGAGUGUGAUGGCCUAUGACCGUUAUGUAGCCAUCUGUUCCCCACUCCACUACACCAUGAUCAUGAGGCCCAAACUCUGUGUCUUUCUGGUGACCAUACCAUGGGUCAUUACAAAUCUGCAUGCUCUCCUACACACUCUCCUCAUGGUCCAACUCACAUUUUCCCACAACAAUGUUGUGCACCACUUUUUCUGUGACCCCUAUGCCAUUCUAAAGCUUUCUUGUUCUGAUACUUUUACCAAUGAGUUGAUGGUAUCCACCGCAGGUGGAUUGAUGUCUAUUACCCCAUUUUCAUGUAUUACUAUUUCAUAUGCCUAUAUAUUCUCUAAUGUAUUGAAAUUUCCAUCUAUUCAGGGAAUAAGAAAGGCCCUAUCUACAUGUGGAUCUCACCUCACUGUGGUUUCCUUCUUCUAUGGAGCAAUCCUUGGGAUUUAUAUGCGCCCUUCAUCCUCCUAUUCAGUACAGGACACAGUGGCCACAGUCAUUUUCACAGUGGUGACACCCCUGGUCAAUCCCUUCAUAUAUAGCUUGAGGAAUUCUGACAUGAAGAGAGCCCUAAGAAAACUAAUUAUCAGGAGAUUAGUUUUGUCAAGACUCUAG